UAAAAAGAAAGCCUUCUGUUUUAGGAGGAACGAUAUGUUUUCUUAAAUAUAAAAAAUUAAUCUUCCCAAGUUUCACACAGAAAAGGAAGAAAUGGUUUCCUUUCUCUUGCAUAGUCUUUUCCCUCUUUUCUUCCUAUUGUCCCUAAAUUCCAUUGCCAUAGUAUUCUCAGACCUCGAGGCGGACCGUUCGGCGCUGCUCCGCCUAAGAGAGGCGGUCGGCGGCCGUACCCGACGAUGGAACACCAGUAGUACAAAUCCUUGUUUAUGGGAUGGUGUGAAAUGUGACAAUGUAACCAACCGUGUCACGGAGGUUCGCCUCCCUGGAGACGGCCUAACCGGUCAGCUCCCACCAAAUACCAUUGGGAACUUGACCGAACUCCAAGUCCUCAGCCUCCGGGAAAAUGAUCUUUCCGGUCCAAUCCCCUCUGACUUGGGCUCAUGCAUCAUGCUAAACAAACUUCAAUUGCAGGGAAAUCGAUUCUCAGGCGAAAUACCGGAGACUUUAUUUACAUUGAAAAAUCUUAAAUUUUUGAAUUUAGCGUGGAACAAGUUCUCUGGCGAUAUGUCAUCUGCCCUUAACAACCUUACCAAGUUAAGAGCUUUGUACUUGGAAAACAAUGGGUUCACUGGAUCACUUCCUCAUUUGAAUAGCCUCACUGGUCUUAGGGAGUUCAACGUUUCGUUUAACGCAUUAAUGGGUUCAAUCCCGCCAAGAUUGGAUACUUUUUCCAAUCUAUCUUAUCUAGGAACAUCUCUUUGUGGGAGACCUCUUGAUCCUUGUCCCAGUAAUGGAAACAAACUCUCAGGUGGAGCAAUAGCUGGAAUUACGAUUGGGUCUGUUAUUGGAUUGCUCUUAAUUCUUGUAAUUAUGUUCAUUCUAUGGAGAAGCUAUAGAAGUCGGGAAAUUCUCCCGCGUGUUGCUAAUUCACCAAUUCCUCCUUCUCCACCGUAUAAUGGAUUUCCAAGUCCUAUGCCUCUCGUUACAGAAGCAAAAGAUCAGCAAUUCAGCUAUAGUUUUGCUUCCAAGGAGAGAGUGGGAAAGGUAGUUGUGCAAGGUGGGAAUGAUGGUUUGGUGCUUUUCGGGGAAGACGUAGAAAUGUUCAGUUUAGAAGAGUUAUUGAGGGCUUCUGCUGAGGUAUUAGGGAAUGGGACGGUUGGAACCACAUAUAAGGCGUAUUUAGAAAGUGGGGUUCAGGUAAUUGUUAAGAGGUUAAAAAAUGUUUGUCUUUCUGAGAAAGAGUUUAGGAUAGAAAUUGAAGAAUUGGGUUCACUUAUACAUGAGAAUUUGGUGCCUCUUAGAGGAUACUUUUAUGGUACAGAAGAGAAGCUGCUUAUUUUUGAGCCAAUGCCUAGAAGCUUGUCCAUAGUUCUACAUGGAAACAACAGGCGAUCGUUGAAUUGGGAAAUCAGAUGCAAAAUUGCCCUCGGGGUUGCCAACGGCAUCCAGUAUCUCCACUCGCUCAACCACAAUAAUACACAUGGAAACAUCAAAUCAUCCAACGUUCUGCUCACGGAAUACUACGAUGCCUGCCCUACAGAAUUUGGCCUAACACGACUCGUCUCAAACAUAACUUCAUCUAACCUGAAUGGUUACCAGGCACCUGAAGUGAAAGAUUCACGCAAGAUUUCAAAGAAAGCCGAUGUAUACAGCUUUGGCAUCCUUCUUUUGGAAUUGCUGACCGGUAAGGAGCCCGAUAGUGUCUUGAUUGAGGAUGGGAUUAAUUUGCCGAGUUGGGUUCAAUCUGUUGAGCAAGAAAAGUGGACAGUUGAAGUGUUCGAUCCCGACUUGAUUAGGUUCGACUACUUUAAGGAUCAAACGGUACAAAUUUUGAAUCUCGCCAUUUCUUGCACUGCACAGCAUCCUGAUAGAAGACCGUCCAUGGUAGAGAUCACACAACGUAUAGAGGAAAUCUGUGCAUGAUGAAAAUUGUUAAAAUUGUAGAUUAAGCGCAAAAAAAUCUUUUUUUUUUCCGUAUUCUUUCACGACUGACGAUCAAUAAAGAUGUUUGUGAGCUAGAUUCAUUUAUGAAUGUUA